AUGUCGAUUGGGAACGGCCAAAAAUCCAUUGAUCAAGAAAUCGAUCACGUAAGAGAGUGUAUAGAGAAGUGCAUGCAGAUGUACAUGAACAAAAGGGAAACCGUGAACUUUCUCGCUACACAGGGCAACAUUCAGGCAGCUGUUACUAGAAUAGUCUGGGCAAGGCUUGAACGAGACAAUCCAGAUUUUUUCAGGGCUUAUUAUAUAAUGAUUGCCGUGCAAGAGCAAAUAAUUGAAUUCAACAAGUUGCUUCCUGCACAAGUCGAGCUAAUGCGUCGAAUAGCAUUGACUGGGAACACGAGUGUGUUCAAUUCUAGUCUUCCUCACACAACACCAUACCGGAAUGUUGAUCUUCAAGAAAGCAGGCAUUCAAAACCAGAGAAUAUGCAGCAAGUGUACGUAAUAAACAACUAUGGACCAUCAAUCCAAGGAAAUCUUGAUCGGCCCUUUCAAAUUAGAGAAAUUAAUGAUGUUUACCCAAACAUGUUUUUGCCUCAAUACACGAAUGCUGGUUUCGAACAAACAGAGAAUAUGCAGAUAUUUGGUGACGGUCAAUCAGAUUUAAGUUUUGCGAGACGUAGCAAUUUGAUGGUAUCAAAUCCUCCGAGAAGCAACGCAUUCUUACCCUAUUUUAAUAGUAAUAACAUGGCGCAACAUUCGGAAGGAUUUCACUUGAAUUAUGGUAUUUUUGAACAGCAUCAUCAGUUGAAUUCGGCAGCUGCUGAAUACCCAGUUGAUUACUCGUCUGGCAGUUCGGGUCUUUCUCUCCCUAGUAAUGCAGCACCACAUUAUGUCGACAAUUUUCUCUUCAAGGAUGGGGUUUGUGAGCAAUAUCACCCGACUCCCAAUCCCGAGUACCCUGUGGACUCCCUUAGUAGUACCGGAAAUGCAGAGAUCUUGGACCCUGGAUCAUCCGGAAGUUUGAAAAAUCCGUUUUCCGGAUGAUUUUUGAUUUGUAUAUUUCUGCAACUGUGGACUGUAGUGAAAUAAAGACAUUGACUUUUUAGUUUUGGUAACAUAGAUUCAGGAAUUCUUGUUCUGAAUGUGGUGUUUUUGUUUAUGCCAACAUCACUCUGCAAGUAGUGCUGCUUAUGCACACUAAGCUCUCCACCGGCCAUUGCCAAGGAAGUGUGAACUUGUCAGUUGUACCAAAUAUGAUGUUAAUGCUCUACAGUUUUAGAUUAAA